AUGAAGCUCAGGGACAAGGACCCAGGAGAUGACAAAGAAAAUGGUUCAGCAAAAAAGAAAUUGGACUGGUCCUGCUCGCUCAUCGUGGCCUCGAUCGUGGGCGCCUUCGGCUCCUCCUUCCUCUACGGGUACAACCUGUCGGUGGUGGACGCCCCCACGCCGUACAUCAAGGCCUUUUACAACAAAUCCUGGGAAAGAAGGCAUGGCCAUCAUGACUCGGACACUCUGACGCUGCUCUGGUCCGUGACAGUGUCCAUCUUCGCCAUUGGUGGACUCAUGGGGACACUGAUGGUGAAGCUGAUCAGAAAGGUUCUGGGAAGGAAGAACACUUUGCUGGUCAACGAUGGGUUUGCGAUUUCUGGUGCAUUGCUGAUGGCCUGUUCUCUUCAGGCAGGAGCCUUUGAAAUGCUCAUUGUGGGUCGUUUCAUCAUGGGCGUGGAUGGAGGCAUCGCCCUCAGUGUGCUUCCCAUGUAGCCAAGCGAGAUCUCACCCAAGGAGAUCCGUGGUUCUCUGGGGCAGGUGACUGCCAUCUUCAUCUGCAUUGGUGUGUUCACUGGGCAGCUGCUGGGAAAGCCCCGCCUGUUAGGUAAGGAGAGCACCUGGCCACACCUAUUUGGAGUGAUUGUCCUCCCCUUCAUCCAGCUGGUGAGUCUGCCCUUUCUCCCUGAAAGCCCGCACUACCUGCUCUUUGGGAAGCACAAUGAGGCAGGAUCUGUGAAAGCCUUCCAGACGUUCCUGGGCAAAGAGCACGUUUCGCGAGAAGUGGUGGCGGUGCUGGCGGAGAUGGUGCAGAGGAACGUCCGCCUGGCCUCCAUCCUGGAGCUACUGAGGAGCCCCUUUGUCCGCUGCCAAGUCCUCACUGUGAUCGUCACCAUGGCCUGCUACCAGCUCUGCGGCCUCAAUGCGAUUUGGUUCUACACCAACAGUAUCUUUGGAACAGCUGGGAUCCCACCGGAAAAGAUUCCAUACAUCACCUUGAGCACAGGUGGCAUCGAGACUUUGGCUGCCAUCUUCUCUGUAAGUAAACUAAGGGUUAUCUCUGAAAACAUUCACAGGGACCAUGCCACCUGGAUCCCUUACCUGAGCAUCGUUUGCAUCCUGGCCAUCAUCGCCUCCUUCUGCAGCAGCCCAGGCGGCAUCCCAUUCAUCCUGACUGGGGAGUUAUUCCAGCAGUGGCAGUGGCCGGCUGCCUUCGUCAUUGCGGGCACGGUCAACUGGCUCUCCAACUUUGCUGUUGGGCUCCUCUUCCCAUUCAUUCAGAAAAGUCUGGACACCUACUGUUUCCUGGUCUUUGCUGCAAUCUGCAUCGCAGGUGCUGUCUACUUCUAUUUUGUCUUGCCUGAAACCAAAAACAGAACCUAUGCAGAAAUCAGCCAGGCCUUUGCCAAGAACAAGGCAUACCCACCAGAGGAUAAAAUUGACUCAGUUGUAAUUGAUAAGAUCAACAGAAGACCUGAACCAGACUCUACCUCCACACUGAACAGUUAUGCCAAGAACAGCAUUGUCUAGAUGGAUGAUCUUGCCGUUUCAAGAAGCCAACAAUUUCCCCAUUUUUGGAAGGCUCAAACUGUUUGGAGCCAUGUAAGCCUUAUUUUAUUGAGUAUUUAAAAAUAAAUUUGUACAUGCUAUUCUGACAUCACCACUUGUUUCUAGGUGCCGUCAAGUCUGUUCCGAUUCAUAGUGACCCUACGCACAACAGAACAAAACACUGCCCGGUCCUGCGCCAUCCUCACAAUUGUUGCUAUGCUUCAACCUAUUGUUGCAGCCACUGUGUCAAUCCAUCCCGUUGAGGGUCUUCCUCUUUUUUGCUGACCCUCUAUUUUACCAAGCAUGAUGUCCUUCUCCAGGGACUGAUUCCUCCUGAUAACAUGUUCAAAGUAUGUGAGACCUAGUCUCGCCAUCCUUGCUUAUAAGGAGCAUUUUGGUUGUACUUAUUUCAAGACAGAUUUGUUCGUUCUUUUGGCAGUCCUGGUAUAUUCACUAUUCUUCCCCAACACCACAAUUCAAAGGUGUCAGUUCUUCUACAGUUUUCCUUGUUCAUUGUCCAGCUUUUGCAUGCAUAUGAAGCAAUUGAAAACACCAUGACUUAGGUCAGGCGCACCUUAAUCCUCAACGUGACAUCUUUGCUUUUCAA